AAGUAAAUUUGUGUUUCUUUUUCUUUGCAAUUUAUACACUUUGGACAAGAAUAACAAUGAACGCCAAGUGCUUGUCACUUUUGCUGCUCAUUUGUGGUGCCGUCUAUGGUAGAGCAGAGUCUGCCGCACAGGAUGCCAAGGCGAAUGAUUUGGCCACAGCUGAGACCUCAGCGAAAUUGUUGAAUUGGAGCGGUUUAUUUGGACAGGGCUCGGGUUAUCCGAACUAUAAUAAUCCCAACUACAACACUGGCUACUACAAUAGACCCAACACUGGAUAUUAUCCCAGCACUGGCUACUAUCCAGGCAAUACCUACUACGGCGGCAGUGGCUACUAUGGCAACACGGGCAGUGGUUACUAUCCGAGCACAGGAGGUGGUUACUAUCCCAACACCGGUUCGAGCACAGGAGGUGGUUACUAUCCCAACGCCGGUUAUUAUCCGACCACCAAUAUUCUGGGCAGUGGUGGAUAUGGCGGAUAUGGCGGAUAUGGAGGCGGCUAUGUGCGCAAUACAUACGGCUAAGGUGGCGAAACAGAGACAGAACGACGCCCACAAAGAACUUGCGCAACUGCUAUGCAACAGCGGGCAGCGGCAGCAACAAAGUAACAACAGUAACAAUAACAUCAAUUUCCCGCACAAAUAUUUUUACAUGCACAUUGCAGCUACAAGUGUUGCCCGCAUUGUCAACUUUCAACUUUACUUGCAGCUUCGCAAGCAAAAUGUAAAAAGCAAAAUAAAAGCAAGACGUUGACGAAAAAGCAUAAGAGGCAAAGACAGAUACAGUUAUAAAGCAUUCAUUGCUGCCAACGCAUUUCAAGGCCAACAUUUGUAUUUACUUUUUUUUGUGCUUGAGUCUCUUAGCUUGAAAUUAAAGUCAUGUUUAUCUUUCAA